AUGUCCCAAAUCAUUACCGUUUUUGGCGCCACCGGCAACCAGGGAGGCUCCGUUAUUCGAGCCAUUCAGAGUGAUACGGAACUCUCUUCCCAAUUCAAAAUACGCGCUGUCACUCGAAAUGUUUCGUCCGCGGCAGCACAGGAGCUGGCCACCAAGGGGGUGGAAGUAGUCAAGGGAGACUUGUCCUCAUACGAAUCAGUGAAAGCGGCCGUCUCCGGUGCUCACACCGUCUUUUUGGUGACAAACUUUUGGGAGAGUUCUUCCCGCGAAAUUGAAGUUUCUCAGGGCAAAACGGCCACCGAUGCCUGCAAAGCUGCCGGUGUCCAGCAUCUCAUCUUCUCUAGUAUGAUGGACGCCUCAGAAGUAAGCAAGGGGGCUUGGGUUAAUAUCCAUCAUUUUGAUGGCAAGGCGGAAAUUGAGCGCUAUAUCCGCGAGUCUGCAAUCCCGGCUACUUUUAUUCUCGCUGGCACGUUCAUGAGUGAGGUUGUAGACAUGCUACAAAAGAAUGGAGACAAUUACGUUGUUGCAUUACCAAUCGAAGGCAGUGCCAAAAUACCGUUUAUUGAUGUUGUAGCCGAUACAGGUCUAUUUGUGAAAGCGGUCAUCAAGAACCGUGAAAAGCUUCUCGGAAAACAAAUCUACGCCUCCGUUGCAUACUAUACCUUUGACCAGAUCAUCAACGAGUUCUCCAGUGUGACUGGGAAACCUGCCGUGUAUAUGAAGGUUCCCGAGGAGAUAUUCAGAUCUUUCCUCCCGGAAAACAAGGCGGCGGAGAUAUAUGAGAUGCUGAUGCUAAUUCAGGAGUUUGGAUACUACGCUGGAGCUGAUCUGGCCGAAAGCUUGGAGCUACUUGACGGAAAACCAACUGGGUGGAAAGAGUUUCUGGAGAAGAAUCGGGAGAAGUGGGAGUAA